UUGAAAUCAACAGAGUGUGCCAGCCACCACAGUGUGCCAGUGCCAGUGCCAGUGCCAGUGCGCGAUUCAUCGUCAACGAAUGACGAUGCUUAACUCUCUUUCGAGCUCUCAUGUCAUUUUAAUCAGUGAUAAACAAAAUAUAAAUACUAUUGGAUAAAUUAUUACUAUAAUAUUGAUACUAAUUAUUAUUAUUAUUAUUAUUAUUAUUAUUAUUAUUGUUGUUGUUGUUGUAAUAAUAAUAAUAAAAAGAAAAAAAUAAUAAUGCAUUUUAGCUGUGAAUUUAAGUGGCAACAAGUGUUUAAUAAGUCAGUAACUUUGUUUAUUUAACAUUUUUAAAAAUACGGGUAAUUUUUAACACCCACUUAAAUUAUAAAAACGGAGCUGGAAUAAAUAAAUUUAAAAAAAAUAGUAAUAAUAAUAAUUAAAUGAAAAGAUUUGAAUAAAAUUAAUUGAGGAACAUAUUUAUAUAGUUUAUGGGCAUGGAUUAAUGGAAUACAUCAAGUCAACAAAGUGUUAAUGUGUUGAGUUGUGUUUAAUUAAAAAUAUUCACAAGUAAACGGUGGCCUGAAAGUGAUUUGUAUAUGUAUUUUGUUUAGAAGAGCUUGGAUAUAAUAUCAGUUGGCCCUUAUGGCUGUGCAUAGAAUAAUUAAAAAAAUUACCUCAAGUAGGUAACAGCAAAUUGUUGACGACGUGAUUGUUAGUAUCGUAAACAUCGUAAACAUCGGAGACAGCUCUUAUUAAUUAGAGCUUUUGACACAACAUGUGGACGACGAUGCUAAUGUGGACGGUCGCCGUUGUGCUUUUACCGUCACCUCGUACAGUGCAUGCUUCAGGGGUGUUUGAGUUAAGACUCAAAUCAUUUGUCAAUCAGUAUGGAAAAGAUAACACUGGAAAAUGCUGCUCAGGAAGCACAUCGACGAAUAACGAAUGUAUUGGUACAUGCCAGACGAGAUUCAGAGUAUGUCUGAAGCAAUACCAGGCAAAAAUCGACACGACGACGCCAUGCACGUACGGUGACGUCGUGACGCCUGUAUUGGGCGGUAAUGUCGUAAAUCUCAGUCCUGAUGUCUCGAUGCCAAGUUUUACCAACCCCAUCAGAUUUCCAUUCGACUUUUCGUGGCCGGGCACAUUCUCUCUUAUAGUCGAGGCAUACCAUGAUACAGAUAAUACAACUAACCAUUCUUCCGAAAAAGUUCUCAUAACGAGGUUGACGACCCAGCGAUGGCUUGACGUCGGGACAGAAUGGACCGAGGAUGAGCACAGUAGCGCACAUGCGCGAAUGGUGUACGAAUACAGGGCGACCUGCAGUGCACACUACUAUGGCAAGGGCUGUGAAAAUCUCUGUAGGCCACGCGACGACAGCUUUGGACAUUACAGCUGUAGUCCAAUUGGCGAGCGAGUUUGCUUGUCCGGAUGGAAGGGCGAUUACUGCAACACCCCACGCUGCCUGCCCGGAUGUAACGAACAAUAUGGACACUGUAAUCAGCCCAACGAAUGCACGUGUAGUCCAGGAUGGCAUGGUCCGUAUUGUGAUGAAUGUGUAAGGUAUCCAGGUUGUCUGCAUGGUACUUGCCAACAGCCAUGGAAGUGCGACUGCAAGGAAGGAUGGGGUGGAUUAUUCUGUAACCAAGAUCUAAACUACUGUACAAAUCAUAAGCCUUGUCUAAAUGGUGGCACCUGCUUUAACACGGGGCAAGGUUCUUACACCUGCUCUUGUGCGCCUGGAUUCACAGGGACUGACUGUGAAACAUCAUUAUCUGACUGUCACUCAAAUCCAUGUCUAAACGGUGGAGUUUGCAGUAUGGUAAACAAUGCAACUAAAACAAUUAUUGGAUCAUCAUUAUCAUCAUUAUCAAAAUCUAAUGUACCGUCUAUUGAAAAAGUAACAACAACUUAUCAGUGCACGUGUCCAGGGUCAUGGCGUGGACGACACUGUGAAAUAAGUUUACGGUCAUGUAAAGAAUCACCCUGUAAACAUGGAGGUAGUUGUAUUGAUGAUCCAUCAAAAGGAUACUUGUGUAAAUGUCCAUCGGGUUACAUUGGUUUAGAUUGCGAUACUAAAAUAAAUCAAUGUACUCCAAAUCCUUGUGUUAAUGGUGGGACGUGUACUGAUAUGAUAAAUAAUUAUCAAUGUACCUGUCCUACUGGUUUUACUGGUAAAAAUUGUCAAAUUAAUGUUGAUGAUUGUCAGGGUGACCCAUGCCUUAACGGUGGCACUUGCAUUGAUAUGGUUAAUCGAUUUCGGUGUCAGUGUGUUCCAGGUUUUGUGGGACUUUUAUGCCAAGAUAAAGUUGAUUAUUGUUUAGCAAAACCUUGCGCAAAUGGUGGUAAAUGUAUUUCUGGUACAAAUGAUUAUAAAUGUUCUUGUAAACCUGGUUUUACUGGCAAAGAUUGUAGCGUUGAUGUUGAUGAGUGCAAAAGUGCACCUUGUCGUAAUGGAGGAAUAUGCGAAAAUCGAGUAAAUGGAUUUUUCUGUGACUGUAAAAAAGGAUGGCGUGGUGAUACAUGCAGUGAUCCAGAUAAUGGUAUUAUUAUACCUCGACCAUCAACAUCUAUAAAUAUUCAUAAUAAUAAUAAUGAUAAUGAUAAUAAUAGUCGUAAUAAUAAUAAUAACAAUAAUAAUAAUAAUAAUAAUAAUAAUAAUAGAGCAGCUAGUGGUAUUGCAAGUACAGGUAUAUCUCCACCUUCAGGAGCAAGCUAUUGGUCUGGAAAUCUUUCAAGACCAUCUGCAGAAGCUAGAGACGCUGGAUUAACAACUGAACACGUUGUUGUAAUAGCAACAUUAUCUACAGCAGUACCAGCAUUUGUAUUAGUUGCAGCACUUGCUGUUAUGUGUAUGAAAAGACGUCAAAAAAGAGAACAAGCUCGAGCAGAUGAAGAAGCAAGACUUGAAAAUGAAAGAAAUGCUGUACACAGUAGUUUAAGUAAACGUUCUGGUGGUAAUUCAAAUUCGGGAGUUAAUAUGAUUGGUGGACAUCAACAAGGACUUUUGGGUAUGGGAGGAAUAAAUCCUGGGGGAAUACCAAAUGGACACAGUUCAAGGAGUUCAAUCAGUAUAAAUGGUGGUGGCAGCAGUGUUUGUUCACUUGGAGCUGGUGAUUCACAUAUGAUUAAAAAUACUUGGACAGCAAGUAAAACUGUAAAUAAUUCAAGCAUCACACGAGAUGAUCUCGAUUCGUCAUUUCAAACAGACAGUGGCCUCGAUAUAUCAUGUGGUGGAUACAAACCUGAACAAAUAAUAUCUUCAGAUCCCGGCAGAUCGAGGACACCUAAACAACUAAAUACUGAAGCAGCAGCCCAUCGCGCAUCUCAUCACUUUCAAAAAGAUAAAGACAUUAGUGUUAUAAGUGUUGGUGUAUUAGAGGGUAAGAGGACGUCCAUGUUCUCAAAUAGUACGUCGGACUCUUGUUGCAACGCCGCUGAAGCGGCAUUACUCAAGAGGCCAACGAUAACAGACAGUGGCAGUAGUGGUGGUGGUAACGCCAGUGGAGGCGGAGGAGGAGGAGGAGGUGGUGGUGGUGGUGUUUGUGGUGGUGCUUCCGAUAGUAGUUGCGGUGUUUACGUUAUAGAUGAUCAUUAUAGACACGACGCGGCACUUGCGGCAACCCUCGCUACCGAAGUUUAGUCGACUUAUGAUAUUUAGUUACUACAACCAAGUGUUGAAUGUUAAACUUGGCCAAAUCACAGAGACUUUUAACUUAAUUAUUAUUAUUAUUAUUAUGAUUACUUUUUUUUUGUCAUUAAUAAUCUGUAGCAGAUCUCAUUCUGAAAUAAUUAUUUUUUUUAGGACGCUAACUCAGCGAAAGAUAUAACUGGAUUAUAUCAUAUGUUUAUUUGAUAAAAGUAUACAUACACAUAUAAUAGCAAGAAUGAGAUUUAAGAAUUAGUGACAUUAAAGAAUAAAUAAGUGAGAAAUGAUGUCUUGUUGGUAGUUAUCAAACGUCAUCGUAUUUAAAUAUACCACCUUAUGUAUUUUAUAUUAAUAUGAAAAUGGUAAAAUGUUAAGUUAUCAACAACAAUAACAACAACAACAAACAACACUAUCAACAACAAUAAUAAUUUUGUACAUAGUUAAUUAUUUAUUAUAAUUAUUGUUAUUAUUAAUAUAAUAUUUCAACUUGAUAAACAUCAAUGUUACAUCAAUUAUUACACGUAAUGUCGAUAUUAUUAUUAUUAUUAUUAUUAUUAUUAUUAUUAUUAUUAUUAUUAUUAUUAUUAUUAUUAUUACUGUUCCAGUAAUUUACGUUGCGUGAGUGAUAUUAUGAUGGUAAUAGUAAUAGUAACAACAAUAAUGAUGAUAAUAAUAAUAAUAAUAAUAAUAAUGAACGUACUUGUAUAUUCAAAAUAAUUUAUGUAAAUAUUUUAAAUUUAGUGUUUUGUAAAAAUAAUUGUUCAGAUUGAUUAUUUAUUUGUGACUUUAGCUAUAUGGCAUGACAUUUGAUAAAUAUAUAUAUAUAUAUAUAUAUAUAUAUUAUAUCGUGGGUUUUAAAUUUUGAGUUUACUGCAAUAGUUGCUGCUGGUGACAAAAGUAAAUUUUGAUUAUAAAAAUAUAUAUUUAUAUUUAUACAUUUGUCGUCUGCGGUAGAAUGAUAAAAGAAAAUAAUCGAAUCCGCGGGUAGAUUUUCGAGUGCACGAAUGCUUGCACACUCACUAUGACUAGUUGGUUGGAAGCGUGUAUGCCGUUGAUAUGUUGUUGUAGUCGACAGACGCGUGAUGAUUCCAGCCAACUUUAAAACACUUUUUUUCUAGCCUCCAACAUCGUUCGUGAUUUAACUUUCAAGAACUUUGGAUGGCGGCAAAGACGUCUGGUCGUUUCCAAAAAUAAUUCGUGUAUAGAGAAAGAAGAAUGACGGCAAAGCCCCUUCUUCUUCUUCCUCUUCUUCUUUAUCUUUAUCUUCUUCUUCUUCUUCUCUCAGUAUCUCAGAUGUAACUUUCAUCUGUGAGAAUUCAA